GUCAUUAUUGUAUCGCGAUAUAUGAAUGCUGGAUGGAUUCUAGUGUCAUUAGUUCUUUCUGUGUUGGAUCUCCUCUAUACUUCUUGUUUUUAGUCUGCAUGGAUCUAGAGUGAAUUAACGGGAUUUAUAGUGAGAACCAAUCACAAGUAAAUAUAGAGGAUAUCAAACAUAAAGAAAACUAAUGACAUUAAAAUCUAUUCAGCAUUCAUGUAUUGUGAUGAAAUCAUGAUUUUGUAUCUGAAAGUUCUCGCUUACAACCAAAAUAAGUUUGCCAAAUAACAAAACAACAAAAUUGCAAUAACUAAUAAACAAUGUUGUAGCCUCGCUGGCAAGACUGCCCAUAAGCAAAAUAAAAACAUAAUGUAAGAUUGAAUUAAACGCAAUGCGGAAAUAGAUAUGUUUAGAAAAAACCGAUGUCCAAUAUUUAUUUCUAUUUGUAUGCCUGUGGUUCAUUGGCACGCACAUAUGGUGAGAGGACUACCUAUUCGACUCAUAAUGGAAAAUAUAUAUGAGCACAGAAAAGUUGAUAUGUAGCAAUGAGCUCUUUCAUAGUGUUCCCUCAACUCAAGAUCACAAUCGUUACGACUAUAACACAUUGGUUAACGACCAUAACUUGAUUACCUUCAAAUUAGACGACUAUUUUUAAUUUAACAUUAUUGUGUUCUUCAACUAGAUUAUCUUCGGAUACAAAUUCUGAUAUCAGAGACGGAGAAAAAAACUACUUUGCAAAAAGUCAAUUAUGAAGAAGAGAAUACUAAAAAUUGAGGCAGUUUAGAAUAAAAGAAAGAAGAAUACAUAUGUAAUUUGUUGGUGUUUGAAAAUAAUAAUAAAAUAGAUGGAAUAGGAAUAGUAAAAAAGAAAUAAUGUUGCUUUUUAUCUUAUUAAAACUAUUUAUUUUAUUUAUUAGACAAAAUAAAUCAUUUUCUAAUUAAAUAAAUAAAUUGGACAAGCAAAAUUAACGGUUCAAUUUUAAAAUUAAUGAAAUGAUGGAUGUAAAAAGUUUAUAUUAGUCAAAAUUUGUUUAUUAACAUAUAACUAUAUAAAAAUUUUAUUUAUAAUAGUGAAAACUAAUAUUAUGAUAAUCAUGGUGGGGGCAUAGGCCCACCUUUUCCAUCAAAUGGCUCCUUCCCUGUCUGAUACAAUAUCUUGUACUUUUAUUUAUUAAAUCAUCUUUAGAUAUUACAGUAUUUGUUAAGGAAGCAACUGAAUCACUUUCAGAUAUGAAGACUAACAUAAUAAUGAUUAUCUUCCCGCAGUUAUAAUUAAAUAAGAAUAAUUUUAUUAAAUUAAGAUGUUUACGGAAUAUUUAAUUUCUUUAACAGGAUAGAAUCUCUUAUCAUAUCUGGUGUAGGAUCUCUUAACUUGUUUCAAAAAUAAAAUCACGUUGUAUAUCACACAUUCAUUAUAUAAUAUAAAACACUCUAAACAUAAUAUUAUCAUUCACUACCAUAUAAUUAUAAAUAUUUUACAUGUUACAGCAUUGUACUGACUUCAAAAAAGUCAAAAGUACAAAAUCAGUUCUAAUAUGCAAAAGCCCGAAAAAAAUAAGAUGGUAGGCUUUGUUGAUGAUGCGGAUCUAAAACGUUGUCCCGCUCUGCAAAAUCAUGAGUGCAGGGCAGAACGGACUCGGAGAUAUGGAAUUGUCUUCAUAUCUUGUUGGUUUGGUGUCUAUAAGCCUCAAUAGUUGUUUGGAGGUCACAGAUUCAUCUUUGUUUACACUAGUUAGGAAAUGUCCAUCACUUAGUGAGAUCAUAAUGAAAAAGAUCGGGCAUAAGAGGGUAGAGAAUUAUGAUUAUUUGAUGGAUAUUGGUGUAUACCCUCGAUUAAAGUCUCUAUCUUUGCCUUUCAAUCAAUGGUUAGACGAUGAAAAGAUCACAAUCUUUGUUUCUGCUUUCCCCAAUUUACAUCUGCUUGAUUUGAAAUAUUGCACGAACGUAUCUCAACUAGGUGUCGUUCAAGUUUUAAAGAGGUGCCCUAAGAUAAGUCAUUUGAAUUUAACAGCCUGUCACUUAAGUUCAUCUAAAGAAGAACUUUUUGAAGCUUAUGAGAGAUGCUUAAAUAUAAAUAAUUUGAAUUUACCGCUCAGUAACUUAAGUUCAAGGGUGAGUCUACUUGAAAUGAACUUUGAAGUUCCCAAGCUGAAGAUGUUGAACUUGUCAUUUUCAGAAAUUGACGAUGAAGCUCUCUAUUCGAUUUCAAAGAGUUGUUGUGGGCUUUUGCAGUUGUUUCUAAAUGAUUGUUCAGAAUGCACAGAGAAGGGAGUGACUCAUGUAAUAGAAAACUGCACACAACUAAGAGAGAUCAAUUUGAAAAACUGUCGGGAUGUGCGUAAUAUGGCUCCCUCAAUGCUAUUUUCAAGUCCAUCAUUGAGAAAGGUAACUACUGCACCUUGUAUUUUUUUCACUAAAAGAGAGAGUAUACUCUUUUUGCAGCGAGGAUGCGUUGUUGUGGACAUUUGAUCUCUGAAAUAUAAGUUGUCUUUGUUUUCAUAUUUACUUGUUAGAACUAUGAAAUGUAAGAUUUCUCUAUUUUCAUAUUUACUUGUUUGAACUAUGAAAUGUAAGAUUUUUCUGUUUUCAUAUUUACUUGUAUCUCGGAUGAUUGAGCCACACUUCUACCAGAAUUUUUUUUUAAUGUCAACUUACAAGGUGAAGCUCUGCCAUGUUUUCAAAUGAGAAU